UCUCCUACCUUACAGUCCAGUCCACUACAGCUUUUUGUUUUGUUUUUCAUUCAUUUAGAAAUACAAAAAACAACAUUUAUUAUAAUGUUGAAAUUUGUUCAAAUUCUAUUGAGACAUUGUCAAUAUUCUACACGAAUUCAAUCUUUUCAAAUUAUUACAGUAUUGAUUAACUAGUUUACUUUGAUCUCUCUUUCUUUUUUAUAAUAAUGCAUAAAACUAGGCGUCCGUUGCACCGCCGAAAGAAUCCUUGAUACAAUAUGUUACCAGUGCAUAUUCACGUUUGGAGAACACCUAUUCAGUCAAUCGUAAGAUGAAUUACCUCGUCUGUAUAUUUAAUUCUAUACGAAAAAAUAUAUACAACGUAAAAUCUGAUCAAGAAGUUGAUGCCAACUCAUUGAAUACAGAAGAUCUAUAUGCUUACUAUGCAUGGGUGUUUGCUCGAUCUGGCCUACUACUCACCCCAUUAAUUUCAAAUGCCAGUGAACCAAAUCCACAUGGAAACACUUCAACACCGCCGUUAGAUCAACCAUCAGCAUCUAAAUCAAUCUUUCUUGAUUUGUCCAUCUGCACUACAAGCUGACUAUCUUGAUGGAGUGUUCAAUAAUCCACAGAUGAACGAUCAAGCUACAGGACUGAAUGAUUUAUUCGGUACACUCUAUUGGAUAUGGAAUGACAAUCUAUUGAAUACCUCAUGUAAUGAAUCUAAUCCCCUGGGGAAUAGAGAAUAUUUGAAGAAGAAACCUUCAAAGUAUAUUUCACCACUUCUAUUGCAUAAACAAGAAUCACAGUGCUUUACUCAGGAUGACCCGCUGCAUGAUGCUGUUGGUUCAAAAUACUCCAGUUUCUCAAAAUUCUCCCCACAUCAUAACAAUGGUAAACACCAGCCAUCUGGAGAUGGCAGUACAACUCCAGGCAUAUUUCAAUCAACUAAAGAAUUCACAAGACGUCGAAUUAUUAUACCACCACGUCGGCGGAAAACUAUUACCGGUGUAAAUAUAGCAAAAACAAUCAAUACUAUUGGAAAUCUAAAUGACUUGAUAAAAGCACCAUCACCUACAGCAUUACAUAAUGGCAAAACACUGACAAUCCAGCCAAAGAUAACCACCAAUGGACCUAAUCAGCUAUCACAUCUUACAAAACCACAGUCGAUUUCUCAUUUAACAUUGAAUGAAGAUCAUUCUUAUCCCCCGUGUGCCUCACUGUUAACCUCAUCAUCAACUUCAUCAUCAAGAUGGCGUCCAUGGAUUGCACAAUCGUCAAUGGUAACACAUCCAACUAAUACAUGGUCAACUUCUAUGCCUUAUUCACUUGGACAAGUGUCUUGUGUGAAUCCGAAUCAAGGGAAUUGCCUACAAGUAUUUGUAAUGAAUGAAGAGACUAGUCGGCUACAAGUGUUAAGCUAUCCAAUUAGACCAAAUAUGACAGCGAGAGAAUUAAACAAUCUGAUCGCAUUUCAAAUGAGAAUAUUCGAUUCCAAAGAUUUUGGAUUAUUUGCAUACAUUAAUGGAACAGAAAUCCAACUAGAAGAUGAAUUACACAUGGCUGAAUUUACAAAUACAACUUCAGAUAUCCUACAUUCAGUACACACGCUUCCAAACACCACCAAUACAAACCAAACGACAAUAGCAGCCACAACAACAAAAACAACCACAACAACAUCACGUUCACAAACAGGCACACUAAAUUCAAUCAAAGAUCCUGAAUCUCACCCAUUCAAAAGUCAUGCCUCCAUCAGUUCACGUUCUGAAUCAACAACAACUAGCAGUUCAUGUGGUGAAUCACGUUCACAGCAGACAACAAUACAACGUAUUCGUAAGUCAAGUAAAUCACGUCCUGCAUGGUGGAUAAUGUGUGGAUCAAACAGUCAACAAACACAGACACAAAAACACCAACCGAUGAAUCCACCAAUUGAAAAUUCAAUACACACAGGGGUCACUGGUAAAAAUCAAGAUCUUGGCAAGCAUAAACCAAUUUUAGUUUAUCGACGUAAAUCAGGAUAUUUCGCCUUAUCAGAUCGUUUUUUAACUGGAAUGAAGUCUGCCCAACAACAACAAAAUUCAGAAUAAUAACUACCAUCAUAAUUUUUUGUCAACCUUGAAAUCUUAAGCAUUUGAAUGAGAAUGAAAAGAUUUCCUUAAUAUUGAAAUGAUAACAUAAACAUCUAGCCUUACUCCGAAUAUUUUGCUUACACAUUUAGGCUACUGACAAAACAUUUAAGUAGUGUAAAAGCUAUCUCAAAAACGUUUUUUAAUUGUACGAAACAAUGUUAAAAAUCAGUCAUUUGUGAAUGCAGAAGUCUCUAGUAAAUAUGCAUUUAUUUGAAAUCAGAUAUUUUUCUCCUUUUUUCUCUGUUUUUACUUCUUUUCUGAUUGUUUCUUGAUCUCUUUUCUACUGAAAAAUGAAUCAGCCUAUUGUAAUCAAAAUGAAACUGCUCUUUUAUUUUGCAUGAUAAGACUGUAAUAAUCUUACUCUAUUCAUAUACAUAAUAUGGUAUGAUUUAAUUAGCUAUUUCCCUUAACUAUUUGAUUUUCUGUUUCUCUGAUAUUUCUGUCUCCUUUUUUGAAAUUGAAUUUUGAAUUUUGAAGUAA